UUCACAUCCAGACCUCCCGGGCUCUCAUGGUGAUUUCUCUCCUCCUGGGCUUUUUCGGCAUCAUUGUGAGCGUGGUGGGCAUGAAAUGCACCAAAGUCGGUGAAGAGGAUCCCGUUACCAAGAGCCGCAUCGCUGUUGCUGGUGGCAUCCUCUUCAUCCUCUCCGGUCUCUGCACGUUGGCCGCCGUGUCCUUGUACGCAACACAGGUGACCUACGAAUUCUUCAGGGAGAGCACUGUCCCCAUCAAUGCCAGGUAUGAAUUCGGCUCGGCUCUCUUCAUCGGCUGGGGCACCCUGCUGGGGGGCUCCCUCCUGUGCUGCUCCUGCCCCCCCAAGGAGCGUCGAGGACAGCAGUACUACCGGCAGUCGCAGCCUUCAACGGCCCGGGAGUACGUCUGA